AAACACUCUAUCAUGGUGAUAGGUCAGUGGAACAGUAGGUGGUGGGGAUAAAUGGAUAAGAGCUGAUGAUUCAUUCUCCAUGUUUUUGGAACAAAGGGAGGUUAGAGCACAGUGUUAAUCACUCGGUGUAGCGGUGUAUUUUGUGGUUAAUGAUACAACAUGAAAGAUUCACAAUAUAUUGACCAAAUGGCGCGCUCUGUAGGGUGGAACAAUUUACACUGUGCAGUUGAAAAGCAAAACUUACACUGGGCACAAGUGGUUGUAGACAUGGGUUAUAAUGUUAAUGAUUGUGACCGAUUUAGCCGCACCCCUCUGUCACUAGCCGCUGCAAAAGGGAAUAUUGAACUUACAAAAUGGUUGUUGGAUGCAGGUACUGAAAUCAAUAAUGGGUUUCCCCUUCACUACGCAACCGAAAAAGGGCACUUAGAAAUAGUUCGAUACUUAAUUAAAAAUGGAGCGGACGUAAACUUAGCAAAGGACAAUAAUUACCCGCUAAUCAUAGCCGCCACUAACGGUCGUUUUGAGGUAGCAAAAGUUUUAAUUGAAAAUGGAGCUGACACUGGGGUAACAGAUGAAACAAAUAGUACAGCACUUCACCAUGCCUGCCUUAGCGAAAAUCUCGAUCUUAUCGCAUUACUCAUCGACUCUGGAUGUAAUAUUGACGCACAAGAUAAAUAUGAUACAACUCCUCUUUCCAUUUGUUUGAUACAUAGAGAAAAUAAUCCUGAAUUAGUGAAACUUUUAUUAGCAAAAGGAGCCUCUGUAAAUAUGCCAGAGGUUCAAAACACUGGAGUCUUGCACAGUUCAGGUCAUCCUGUAUCCACACUUGAAUUGAUUAAAUAUGGCGCUGAUAUUAAUGUUAGAGAUAUUAGAGACGAAACUCCUUUGUUUUGUGCUGCUGAAAUGGAGCGCACAGAGUGUGCAAAAGUUCUUUUAGAAAAUAACGCUGACCCAAACAUUCGCGCAAGUGGAGGUGGUAGUGUCCUUCAUCUUGCAGUGGACAACAACGACCUGGAAUUAGUUAAAGAACUCUUGAAACGAAAGGCUUGUGUUAAUGCAGCUAAUGCCCAGAAUGUCAUUCCUUUACAUCUAGCAAUUCAAAAUGGUCACUCUGAAAUUGUGGAAAAAUUGUUAGAACACGGUUCUCUUAUUGACGUUCCUGUUAUAGAUUUAGUAGACGUUAACUGUUGCUCGCGGAGGUAUAACAUAAGUAAAGGAAGUACCCCACGCACGAUGGCUGAGUUGUCUGAACAUGACCACAUUGUCCAACUUUUACAAAAGUAUUCUGUGUCUCAAACAAACAAUUUCGAGAACACCCCUGAUUGGUUCCAGGAUCUUGAAACAAUAAAAAAGUUAAACCCGAAUGAUCCCAGGUUAACUGCUGUUACAAAUCUGAUAGGUUGGACCCCUCUUCACCAUUACGUUUGGAGCGGUUGUUACGAUAUUUCUUCAGAGCUUGUUAAGAAGGGCGCACCUGUUAAUGUCUUAGAUAAUUAUGAACGCACUCCUUUAUCACUCGCUGCCGCACUAAAUGACGUUCAAACUAUAAAAUUACUUGUAGAUAACGGCGCUGACGUAAAUUUAGGGCUUGCUUUACACUACGGCAUGGAUCAAAACGCAGUAGAAUCACUUUUACAACUUAUUAAGUACAACUGCGACAUAAACAUUAAAAAUAAGUCAUUAUUUGAAUCGUCCGUGUUAGUUGAAGCCCCAUCACAACAUAAAUCAAAGAUUGUUAAAAUAUUAUUAGAACAUAAAGCGGACGUAAACGAUGUAAGCAAACACGAACAAACCGCACUUCAUAAUGCUUGUCAGUUUGAUGAUAUCGAGUCAGUUCGGUUGCUACUGGAACACGGAGCUGCCAUAAAUGCGGUAGAUAACUGCCAAGAUAUACCACUCAUAUGUGCUGCCCCAAAUUCCAGUCACGAACUUCUCAAAAUCCUGAUAGAAAAUGGAGGCGACAUUCACUGGAAAGACAAUUCACUUUGGACUCCGUUACAUCGAGCGUCAUCUAAAGACAAAAGUACACUAGAAUUACUAAAAGCAGGUGCGGAUGUCAACUACUACAACGACAACGUCGAAUCUCCUCUAUACCUAGCGGCUUCAAAUCCAAAAGUGAUGAAAAUUCUUCUCGAUUAUAACGCGGAUGUGCGCUUUAAUGCAUUCGGAGGCUGGUCUAUCUUACACGAAAGUGCCUUCUAUGGGAGCUUGGAAUGCGUUAAGCUACUCCUAGACAAAAAUAUCAACGUUAAUUUAGGAAGUGCGGAAAACGUUCUUCCUAUAUAUUUGGCAAGCAUUAACGGACGCUGUGCCAUUGUUGAAGAGUUGCUAAAACAUGGAGCGUUUGUAGAUCCGCUCAUUCUUGAUAUUGGUGUGAUAAGGAUCGAGCAUAUUAUGUUUCCUAUGAACAAGAGUCACCACAUAGUGCCGGGUAACACACCUGUAAUUGGAGCUGCAUCGAAAGGUCACUUGGAGGUCGUCAGGUUAUUGCAUUCUUAUGGAGCAGAUUUAGAUGUUGCUAACGUCGAAGGAAAUACCGCUUUGCAUGAGGCCGUUUUAGGUGGAUUUGAAAAUAUAGUUGAGUUUUUAUUAUCACAAGAUGCUGACGUUGUCGCUAAGAACAAAAAAGGCCAGACAGCGCUGGACCUUGCUAGAGAGAAUUCAAAUGAUUUAAUUGUGACCUUGUUGGUUAGUUAGUUUUUGAAAAAUGUGUCACUUGUAAUUCGGAAUAAGCGCUAUUAUAAAAUAA